GGUUUUUACACAAAUUAGAAAGUUACUAUUGAAUAAAACACCUCACUUCUAAGUCGUUCUAUGAUUUGCUUAAAGAAAAAAAUGACUGCUAAAGAACUUAUACCACAUUGUCUCUUAAAUCUAGAAUCUAUAACACAUCAUAUUGUCUCUGAUAUCGUGAAGAUAAUUUUGACUGUUAAUGAACCUAUAUAUAACAUUUGUUGGUAUGUGUUGAGUUUUGAGCAAAACAUUACUCUGAAAUUAUUUGAGACAACUUGGUAUACAUAAUGGUUAAAAACCUUCAUUGAAGAACCUUACUCAUUGUAAAAAUAACUCAUUAUAAAAAAAUCAGUGGGAUAUGUGGGAAUGCGUUCGUUUUGAGAACGAUAACAAAUGAUUACAAUAAAAUUGUUUGCACUUUAUUAAAUCGAAAAUGAAAAAGGUUGAUGUGAAUCAUAAAAGACAAUAUUAUAUAAGCAUACUUUUGGGGCAAACCGUAUAUUUUUUGGGCGACCAUAACUAUAUGUCGCAAACAGUUUUAUCUUUUUUGACAUUAAGUUGAUGAGAUCUCCGAGUAUUAAAUUUAUCAUAUACAUUUAUGUUUGGGUUAAUAUAAGUUUUCCUACCAAUUGAAUUUUAAACUUACUAAUUAUUCAAUUGAUUCUGAUGAUGGUAUGUAAGCCAAAUUGACAUCCUAAUUAAAUGACAGUUAAGCAAUGCUUUUGUUUAAUUAUUACUUCUCGCGUGCCCCUAUUUCCUAUGGGCCAAAUCUCCUAUGGGUUCCUUGAGUCUGCUAUACCCCUAUUUUAUAAUUCUUUUGUCUCGCUGGUCACGUGGACAACGAUGAUCUCCGCCUUCGCAAUGCACGGGAUGGGCAAAGAAGCGGUCAACAUGUUCAAAGACAUGGAAAGACUGGGAUUGAGACCGAACAGAGUGACCAUGAUCAGUGUUUUAAACGCUUGUAGCCACGGCGGCUUAACAGAAGAAGAGUUUCUAGAGUAUUUUAACAAGAUGGUAAGCAAGUACAAGAUCACGCCGGAUGUGAAGCACUACGGAUGUCUAGUAGAUAUGCUGAGAAGAAAAGGAAGAUUAGAAGAAGCGGAUAGGAUCGCUUUGGAGAUUCCGUCUGACCAAAAGGCAGUGGUUUGGAGAAUGCUGCUUGGAGCUUGUAGCGUUUAUGAUGAUCCUGAGAUGGCGGAGAGGGUUACUAAGAAGCUGAUGGAGUUGGAGAGAAGUCAUGGAGGUGACUAUGUGCUUAUGUCUAACAUCUUUUGUGGUACUGGAAAAUUCACAGAUGGUGAGAGGUUCCGGAAACUGAUGGAUGUUAGAGGUGUAGCUAAACUUCCAGGGCAUUCGCAGUUAACAUAGCAGAACUUAUAAUAGUCUUGUAGUUAAGACUCCAACGUUCAUUGUACUGAUCAUAACAUUGUCAUUAUUUGAAGUUAAGAUUUUGAGUA